AUGGCCAAAGAACCUGUGCGAAUUCGACACGAAAGAUUGGUUGAUGAUCACAGCACCCUUCAGCAUAAACCCUCAUAUCAUGUUUCCAGGGCUGGUCCUCUUGGAGAGGCACGAAUACGCCAAACUUAUCCGUUCCUUGUGACCACAGCCGCCAACGAUCUCUCAAAUUCACCUUUGUCUCGAAAUGUAACAAGCUCAUGCGUCAACCUUGGCCUACAAUUUGUCGAAAAACGCAUUGUUGCGAUCGGAAUAUGCCUCUCUUCUUUCCUUUCCUUGUUCGGGUGCCAAUUGCUAAGGCGCCCAUUCGGCAGACGUGAAAAUGCUGCUUCAGGACAGCACAGCUCGCGUGUUGAGGACUCCAAAGACCAAAGCCGAAUCAGUUCGGCCGAAUACGGCUCCGCGAGCCGAGAUUUCACCUGA